AUGUCAGAUAGAAUCUUCUUCCUCUCGAGUGACAACAGGAUUUCAGCAGGAGAGACGAUGAUUAUGGAUGAAGUGAAGUGGAUUUCAGUGGCACUGCUUUGCCUCUCUGUGGCAUCUGUGACUUGUGAUUUGCCCGCUGAGAGUGAAUCUGUGCAGGGCCAGACGAAGGCUGUGGAACAGGAAUCCCAGAAGCGGCCGCGGAGCUUCCAGAAUGACUACGCGGUGUGGAAUCAGGAGCUGGACGUGGCUGACACGGACAUCCGAGAUUCGAGCCUCCUUAGCAGGAUCAGCGAAGCGACCAGAGCCGUCCAGCCGGGCAGGUGCCAGAAGGAUCUCAAUGAGACCCUCGAGGCGUUCCGCCGGGGCGAAAAGUGGGCACUCAAGAUGUUGGACGCCUCAGUGAAAGUGCCUGUUGGAAUUUACAUCGGGAAUGUGUAUCAGUUUGGCGAUUUCGAUGAAUGUGUGGCCAUUGAGUCACCUGGUGAGACGGAUCAUCGACACAUCCAAGCGCAGUACUGUCUCGUCGAUGUGACCAUCGAUGGGUUCACAGUUCCCCCAAGAUCUGCACGCAAUCACUCACAGGCAGAAGUGGGUGCACAAGUUCGUUGGGGCAUUUGCCUUCCUGCCUCGUGCAUGGUGAAAGAUGUUGAAGGAUUUCUGGCCACAGCGGUGGGCCAUAGAGUUCGAGUGGAUGAGCGCUAUUGCCAUGUUGAGCGACCUCUUGAGUUCACCCACAGUGAGGUCUUCUUCCUCUGCAUCCUCACCAUGUUCGCAUUGGUUGUAAUCGUGAGUACAGGACACUCCAUCUACCACUACUGCCACAGUGGCAUCAACAAGCCACGAUUGCCACCGCUCCUCAAUGCAAUUCUCAAGUCAUUCUCAAUCACUGAGAAUCUCGUGAAGUUGGUGAAGAAGGGAUCCGAUGAUUUGGGACUGGGUUGUAUCAAUGGAAUUAAAACACUGGCGAUGGUCUUUAUCAUCUCUGGACAUGCCAUGGCCUUCAUUGCCGGUGGACCAAUUCAGAAUCCAGAUUUCUAUUUAAAGGAAAGUCAAGCCUUGAAGAAUGCCUUCUUGCUCAACUCACCGCUCUUGGUUGACACAUUUCUCUUGCUGAGUGGCUUCCUGUUCGCCAGGCUGCUACUUGUUGAGCUGGAGAAGCGCAAGGGAAAAGUGAACUUUGGCUUCCUUUACAUCUUUAGGUACAUUCGUCUCACACCAGCCUACAUGGCGGUGCUCUUCCUCUACAUGGUGCUAUUGCAGAAGCUCGGCUCUGGUCCGCUGUGGGACGCUCGUAUUGGACUUGAGCAGGAGCGAUGCGAAAGCUCGUGGUGGAUUAAUCUUCUCUACAUCAACAACUACCUCGGCACAGACAAACUGUGCAUGUUCCAAUCGUGGUACCUUGCGACGGACACUCAACUAUUUAUCCUGGCGCCGUUGCUUCUUUACCCACUGUGGCGAUGGAGAAAGGUGGGCGUGUACCUGUUUGCAGCAUCUGCCACCGUUUCCGUUCUCAUUCCCUUCGUUGUGACCUACGUGAAUAAUUUGGAUCCCACCUUCCUGGCUUUUGCCGAGGAAAUCACUGAUUUAUCGGAGAAUUACUACUUUAUCAACUUCUACAUCAAGACACAUAUGAGAGCCACAGCGUACAUAUUCGGUCUCCUCACAGGAUUCCUCGUGCACUACAUGCAGGAAGAGAACUUGAGACUGUCCAAGACGUGGCAUUGCGUCUGCUGGAUCACAGCAGUGAUCGUUGGGGCGGCUUCAAUGUUCUCCAUCGUGGUCUUCUACAGUCCCACGUAUGAGACUUCGCGGGUCAGCAAUGCCCUGUACGCGGGUCUGCACCGCAUGGGCUGGAGCUUCUUCACCUCGUGGAUUGUGUUCGUGUGUGUGACGGGGAGGGCGAAGCCUCUGCAGAGAUUCCUCGGAUCGCGCGUCAUGGCGCCCUUUAGCAGGCUCACUUACUGCGCCUACCUGACAAAUGGUCUCGUGGAGCUCUACCUGGCCGCCACGAUUCGCUCACCAAAGUACCUCACUGUCCUCAAUUUGUUGGGCGAUGCUCUAUCACACACAAUACUCACAUUUAUUGCCGCCCUUAUCCUGUGCCUUGUGUUCGAGUCACCAAUACACGGUAUCGAGAAGAUUCUCCUUCGGCAUGAUGAGCAGAAGAGGAAGAGAACCAACAAUAGUCCCAGCACGUCGGAGGAAUCCGCGUAG